AGUGCGAAAACAAAUUUGAAAAUGAGUCAAGCUCGCGUACCAAAAUUGUAUUGACAAUCGACAAGUCAUGAGUCACGACGUCUACGCCAGUUGUCCGCCGUAUGCUGAAAAGGGGGCAUCGCUGGUGCCGGGCGCUAUUGUUUGAAGGCUCACUAGCGCUCACUGGGAGCUCAUCACAUAGCGUCCAAAUCAAUACUUAUGGAAACACGGCGAGUAUGAAAAAGUAUACAAGGGAUCCCAGGCAGGCUGCUUCCGAACAAGCCGCAAGAUCUUUGUCGCUGGGACUGUACUAUCGGCUGGUCUCGUCCAUACAUGAAUCUUACACUAUCACUCCGAUGUUCCGUGACUUUGCCAGAGGCCCAUCUUCCCGGCUAGUUGUCGUCGAUCUAUAAGCCUAGUACGUCCUCGAUGGAAAGAUUGUUCGAAUCGUGAUGUUUC